GGCGCUGGGAGGCGGCCGCCCGGGGGCGCUGCGCCCCUACCUGCCGCUGGGGCUGGGGCUGGGACUGGGACUAGAGGUGGACAGUUGCGGGCGCUGUGCCGGCCCCCAGUCCCGGCCGGGAGCGCAGGAUGCGUUGCCUCGGCGCCAAGUGCCUGGUUUCUGCAGAGAGAACUCCCAGGCAACGACAGUGGCGACCGCAGAUUUAUAGGAAAUGCACAGAUACGACGUGGUUGUUCUUGUUCUUUCUCUUUUGGACGGGUUUGAUGUUCAUCACAGGCUACUCAGUGGUGGCUGGAGCCACAGGAAGACUCCUCUUUGGCUAUGACAGCUUUGGCAACGUGUGUGGCAAGAAGAACUACCCAGUAGAAGGGGCUCCUCUUUCAGGGCAGGACAUGACCCUAAAAAAACAUGUGUUCUUUAUGAAUUCCUGCAAUCUGGAAGUCAAGGAUGGGAAGCUUGUUUCCACCACUCUCUGCAUAUCCAGCUGUCCUGAAGAGCAGCUUGAUACCCUGGAAGAGAUCCAGCUCUUUGCAAAGAACAAUGGGUCCUUCCUGUGUGUUUAUAAUUUGAAUUCCUCCAACUACACCCAGAAUCCACAUGCAGACUCAUUGUGCCCCAGGCUACCAGUUCCUCCAAGCAAAUCUUUUCCCUUGUUUAAUCGAUGCAUUCCUCAAACACCGGAGUGCUAUUCUCUGUUUGCAUCUGUUUUGGUAAAUGAUGUUGACACCCUCCAUCGAAUUCUAAGUGGAAUCAUGUCAGGAAGAGACACAAUCCUUGGCCUGUGUAUCCUCUCAUUAGGCUUGUCUUUGGCCAUGGUGUUUACUUUUCGAUUCAUCACCACCCUUCUGGUUCACACUUUCAUCGCAUUGGUUAUUUUGGGAUUGUUGUUUGUCUGCGGUGUCUUAUGGUGGCUGUAUUAUGACUACGCCAAUGACCUCAGCAUAGCCUUGGACACAGAAAGGGAAAAUAUGACGUGCUUGCUGGGGUUUGCUGUUGUAUCUACAGUUCUCACGGCAGUUCUGCUUGUCUUGAUUUUUGUCCUGAGAAAGAGAAUGAAAUUGGCAAUUGAACUUCUCUGGGUCACAAAUAAAGCCAUCAGCAGCUCUCCCUUCCUGCUGUUCCAGCCACUGUGGACGUUUGCAAUCCUCAUCUUCUUCUGGGUCCUCUGGGUGGCUGUGCUCCUGAGCUUGGGGACUGCAGGAGCUGCCCAGGUUAUUGAAGGCGGCCAAGUGGAAUAUAAACCUCUUUCCGGCAUUUGGUACAUGUGGUGGUACCAUUUAGUUGGCCUCAUCUGGACUAGCGAAUUCAUCCUCGCAUGCCAGCAAAUAACUGUAGCAGGGGCAGUAGUUACUUCUUAUUUCAACAGAAAUAAAAAUGACCCUCCUGAUAGCCCAAUCCUUUCAUCUCUCUCCAUUCUCUUCUGCUACCACCAAGGAACAGCUGUAAAAGGGUCAUUUUUAAUCACCAUGGUGAGGAUUCCAAGAACCAUUCUCAUGUACAUUCACAACACCCUGAAAGACAAGCAGCGGAGCGCAUUGGCGAGGAGCAUGUUCAGAUGUUGCUUCUGCUGUUUCUGCUGUCUUGACAGAUGCCUGCGCCAUCUCAACCAGAAUGCAUAUACUACCACGGCCAUUAAUGGGACAGACUUUUGUACAUCAGCGAAAGACACACUCAAACUCUUAUCGAAGAAUUCAAGUCAUUUAACAUCUGUUAACUGCAUUGGACACUUCAUAAUUUUUCUAGGAAAGGUGUUAGUGGUGUGUUUCACUGUUUUUGGCGGACUGAUGGCAUUUAACUACCACCGAGUGCUCCAGGUGUGGGCAAUCCCACUGCUGUUGGUUGCUUUUUUUGCCUACCUAGUGGCCCAUAGCUUUUUAUCUGUGUUUGAAACUGUGCUGGAUUCACUUUUCGUAUGUUUCGCUGUUGAUCUGGAAACAAAUGAUGGGUCAUCAGAAAAGCCCUACUUCAUGGACCAAGAGUUUUUGAGUUUUGUAAAAAGAAUGAACAAAUUAAACAAUGCAAGGGCACAGAGAGAAGAGAAUUUAAGGAACCAAGAAGGAACAGAACUCCGACCCAUUGUGAGAUAAGCACCGGGGCCGGGUUACCAAUUUCAAAAGGCCAAGACACAGAAGAGCCAUUUCUUCAGAAGAGCCACUCCCCUCCUUUUCAGAAUCCAGUUAACUCCUACUUCAUUUCUCCAUUGGUGUUAGGCACACACCUCCGCAUUUAAAGUCAGUAAAAAAGCAACCUUGAGUGGCAACUAGGAGACACAAUGCCACAUGUGGCAGGACGUGUCCCAUAAAAAGUGAACAACACCAAAUCUCCUCUUGGGGUCAUUAAGAACAAGCACACUCUGGUUAGAUAUGAGAUCGGUCUGUUCACCAAUGGUUCUGGGAACCUCCUUAUGAGGUGCUGGUGGUCAGUUAACAAGGAAAUAAUUCCAUUUUGUGUGGUGUUUGAAUAUUGGCAUUUCCCUCUAUUGUAUUUCCACCUGCAUUUCCAUCUAUUGUACUCACAUCCACACAUUCAAUAGGAAUGCUACUUAAACACUUCUUAGUAGGACACCAGAUAAUAAUUUUACCUACCCAAGUUAAUUAAGGGCUCCUCUAAAAAUAAGUCAGAAGCAUUAGAAUGAAGAAUUUACUUGGAUUUGGAGCAAGAACACUGUAACAAACAUUUCUUUUUUCUUCUGGUUGGGUAGAAAGGCCAGCUGUUCUAACUGCCAACAAAAGCCAUGAGCGUACAUCAUACUGGUCCUGCUACAGAAAAGGUCCUUUCAUUCUUUUGCUUUCGCAGCAAAACCUCCUUUCCUGAAGGGACUAUACUCUAAAUAUACCACACAAAACAUACUGACUUUGAACUUAAUAAGAGUAGCGUAAGUGCUCGCUGAAAUAGCCCUUCUGUAUGUUUAGCUCAAGUACAAAGAGGGACU